CUGCAUGCGAGGGUUACAGGUAUUUCUUCAGUAGUCUUGCUAAACAUGGAUGUGCUUUAUAACCAUGGAGGAGGUGUAGCUGAAGCUCUAAAUGCUAAGGUGUAUGGAAAUGGAACUGAAACUCUAGUCCUUGCUCAUGGGUUUGGUUCAGACCAGAAUGUUUGGCAAUUUCUCAUACCCUAUCUUGCUUGCUGCUUCAAAAUUGUGGUUUUUGACUUGGUUUUUUCACCUAAUGUUAACUCCAGCCUUUAUGAUCCAAUCAAGUACUCCAAUCUCACUGGCUAUGCAAGGGAUCUAUUAAGCCUUCUUGAUGAGUUAAAUGUUAAUAAGACCAUCUACCUGGGUCAUUCUAUGUCUGCCAUGAUUGGCUGCACUGCUGCACUACAAAGGCCACACCUCUUUCAGCACCUUGUUUUACUUGGUGGCUCUCCAAGGUAUCUUAAUGCUGAAGGAUAUCAUGGGGGAUUUGAGAGAUCAGACGUCAAGGCAAUACUUAGAAGCAUGAAUCACAACUUUUCAAGUUGGGUUCAAGGCUUUGCUCCGGUAGCUGUUGGUAUGAACAACACAGAGGCUAUCACAAUAUUUGCAAACAGCUUGGGACGAAUGAAACCAAGUAUAGCACAUAGUGUUGCGAAAACUGUGUUUUUAAGUGACCUAAGAAGAAUUUUGCCACAAGUUUCAGUGCCUUGCACUAUAAUCCAGUCUAAGAAAGACAUCAUUGUUCCAGAAUUUGUUGCCCAUUACAUGAAAAAGAAACUUGGUGGUUAUGCCAAGGUUAAGAUACUGAAAACAGAAGGCCAUUUUCCUCACCUGACAGCUUACCCUUUGCUUUUGAAGGCAUUGAAGAAAGUGGGUACCAAUUCAGGAACUAGAACUCUGGCUUGAAUACUCAGAAAUUAAAACCAUUAUAUGAAGAGUGUAGUGUGGUUGGAAAACUUUCAUCGGAAGAUGUAAAGUAUUCUUCCAGCAAUGUGUAAAAUUCAUACAAGGACACCUUUUUCUUUUCUGCUCUUACCAUUUAUGAGUGCUAUCCGAGUGAUGUAGGUCCAACAAAUACCAGCCAGAAAAUAGAGGGGAAGCAAACAAGAAAGGCAAGUCCAAGUUUUUUCUUCUUUCUUUCCUUUUCUUAAAAGUCGCCAAAUUAUGCAAUUUGAGAGCAAGUAAUGUGAAUUUAAGGUGUUUCUGUUA